GGAGCGUCUCCGCGACUCGUUGCAUAUGGAGAUCUCCCGCCGUACUGCCAGCUCACUAGCCGAGACAUUAUUAACCAGCCAGCUCACAGCUCCUCUCCACAACCAUGAUAGCUAUGGAUUACUCUCGCGAAGUGCCUCACUCUGAGCUGCUGCUUGUCCGCGGCACUCAGCCGUUCAACGCGGAACCGCUCGCCUCUGCUCUGGUGCAGUUCGCCAUCACUCCUGACGACCUCGUGUAUUGCAGAAACCAUGGCCCCGUCGAGGAUCUCGAUCACGAUGCGUACGCUAUGGCCGUAGAAGGGGGGUCAUCUGGGAUAGUGCGCUAUUCCAUGGCAGACUUGGAGACGAAGUUUGAGAAGUACGAGGUCGUUGCCGCGCUGCAAUGCGCGGGAAAUCGGAGAAAAGAGAUGGACAAAGUCAAGAAAGUGAAUGGUAUUCUCUGGGACGACGGAGUCGUUUGCAAUGCGAGAUGGGGUGGUGUUCGUCUGCGAGACGUGCUGCUGGACGCGAAUGUCGAGCUAGAGGGCAACUCUCACGUCCAGUUCGCUUCGCAUGUGACCCCCUGUGAGGACGACACAUGCUAUGGUUCGUCCAUUCCUCUGGAGAAAGCCAUGGAUGAGGAGGGCGAUGUCUUACUUGCAUGGGAGAUGAACGGCGAAUACAUGUCUCCUGACCGCGGUUCACCGCUGCGUCUGGUCGUCCCUGGCUACUGUGGUGCACGAUGGGUUAAGUGGAUCGACUCCAUUCGGCUCUCUUCUGAUGAGUCGCCCAAUUACUACCAAGCACGCGAUUACAAGAUCCUACCACCAGAGAUUGAGUCAAAGGCACAGGCUGCAUCUGUGUGGUCGAAAUACCCCUCCAUCAACUCGCUCCCGCUCAACUCGGUUGUGGCAUGUGCAACACUUCGCAAGGGUGAUUUGGGCAACACGCUACUUGUCAAAGGAUACGCCUCUCAGCAUAUCGACGCGCGCAUCGUCGCAAUUGAGGUAUCCGUAGACGAUGGUAUACUCUGGCAUCCAGCACACAUCACGUAUCAAGAGGGUCGCUGGAGCUGGACGUUAUGGGAAGUGGAGCUUCCUGGUGUGGAGGAGCACGGUACCGUCUACAGUCGAGCAAUCGAUGAAAGGGGGAACAUGCAGCAGAGGGAGUGCAAGUGGAACCUGCGCGGUGUUGCCUUCAAUCCAUGGGGCGUUCGGAAAUGGUAGCGAGCAUGUAC